AGCCCGUCCCGGAGCCGAAGCCAGCGAGUGCCCUGGCCGCAGCGCCGCUCCGCCCCCGCCUGCCCGCUAGCGCCGGGGAGCUGCAGCUGCUCGACCUCGCAGGAUCGUGCCCGAGCGCGCCUCCGGGCCGGGGAUGCCGGGGGACGGCGGCCGGGCGCUGCGCUGCUUGCUGGCCGCAGUGGGGCUGCUCUCGGCGCUGAGCGCCGCGGGGACGCUCUUCCUGCUGGGCCAGUGGAGGGAGCUGAGCGCGGCGCUGCGGGAGCUGGAGGCUGCGCGGCCCCAGGGGGGAGACACUGACAGCAUCCUGCGGUCCCUCUUGGGCCCCACCGCCCCGGGGGCAGCGGCCCCAGGAGCCGCCCGGCACAAGAGGAGCCACCGCGGAGCGGGCGCCAGGGGCCACGUUCGGGCCGAGAACGACGAGUUGCUCAUGAUGAUGACCUACUCCAUGGUGCCGGUCCGUGUGAUGGUGGAUUUAUGUAACAGCACAAAAGGGAUAUGCUUAACAGGCCCUCCAGGCUCCCCAGGGCCUCCUGGACUCGAUGGAUUACCUGGCUACAAUGGAUCAGAUGGCAUCCCUGGCAUCCCAGGGCCAAAGGGGGAACCAGGAAUAAAUGGAAGAAGAGGAAAAAUAGGUUUACCAGGACCAAAAGGCGAUCCAGGAGAGAAAGGAGAAAAAGGAGACCCUGGUGAACUGGGCUUACCUGGCAAAGACGGGAUGCCAGGAGGGAAAGGGUCAAGAGGCGCAAAGGGGGACAAAGGGGAUGCAAACAAUGACGUGAUAUCAGAAGGUGCAAAGGGAGAGCCAGGGCCUCCAGGGCCCCCAGGGCCCCCAGGGCCGCAAGGUCCUCCCGGGCCACCAGGGAAGCGCAAAGCAAAAUCCCAGGUUCAGGAGAAAAUGUACAGCAGCAAGUGCACAGGUGAGACAUGUGCCAUACCAAAUGAUGACACGCUGGUAGGAAAAGCUGAUGAGAAAACCAAUGGAUACCAUCCAAAAAAAGCUGAAUGCAUUGUUAAAUCAAUAGGAAGUCCCACUGAGAUGGGUAAGAUACAGCAAACAUUUGGAACAUGGAUGAGGGAACCCGCAAAUAGAAGUGAUGAAAGAAUUUGGCUUACGAUGCAUUUUUCAGGAAACUUCAUAAAAGAAUAUGAGAAUACAAACGCAUUGCUGAAUGACAGCUACAGGAUCAUUAACCUCACGGGGAUCUUUUAUGGAUGUGGCCAUGUGAUAUAUAACAACUGCCUAUACUAUCAAAAAGGAGGAACCAGUAUUAUUGUGAAAUUUGAGCUUGAUACAGCAUCAUUCAGAACCCUGAGAAUUGAAAAUGCCUUACAUGAUAGUCGCCACUACCUCUUUUCUAACGCUAAGACGUACUUCAAGGUGGCAGUGGAUGAAAAGGGUCUUUGGAUUAUCUAUGCCUCAAGUAUUGAUGAAAAUAUCAUUGUAGCACAUAUUGACGAAGAGACAUUUUCAGUCGUUCAGCAUAUCAACACUACAUACCCCAAGUCCAAAGCUGGCAAUGCAUUCAUAGCAUGUGGAGUGCUAUAUGUUACUGAUACUAAGGAUAUGAGGGUAACUUUUGCUUUUGAUUUGUUGAGAGAGAAGCAAAUCGAUGCAAGCUUUGAGUUAAGAUCAGCACAAUCUGUUCUUGCUAUGCUUUCAUAUAGUCUAAGAGAUAGAGACUUGUAUACAUGGGAAAAUGGCUAUUUAAUGCAAUACCAUGUACAUUUUGACAGCUGAAUGCUAUUUUAAAAUGAUACAUCAUGCUGGCCAUAUUGGGCUAAGUAGGUUAUUUAAAGCUGUAUCUUAUACAUCUCCUCCCUGCAGAAUACACACAUUUUCUAUUGAAGGUUAGUGGUUGUUUGUGUGUGCAUAAAGAGGAGACCAGACCCCCUUGUGUCAUUUAAAUAUACUUAAAUUAUAUAGGCAAUUCUUAGCUUUAUAGAGGAAGAGCUGUGUGUUAGAAACUUAUUUUUGUUUUUUUCCCUACCAUGCAGGACAUAAUUAUAUCUACUGUCUACUGAUUAUUCUACAAUACUAUGUUCAAUAGGGUCUGUUUUUACUCUUAAUUUACAAUUACUGUCUACAAUUAUCUUCUAGUCAGUGAUUAUAGCUUAGUAUAAAUGUCUAAACAAUGUUUACAAAGAAGCUUCUUUGUAUCAUUUCCAUUUAAUACCUUGCAUCAACUCUGAAUUUUGUUUAGUUGUGAUAUUUUUUAAAAAAUUGAUGUACAGUGAUUAAAAUGAUCAGGGACAGUAA